AGACAGCAGCAAUGGGAGGCAGUACAGGGACCUCAUGAGAACACUCUGGACACUGGCAGCAGCAUGAGGAGGCGGUUUCCCCCAGGGGGCCCCAAUGAAAGAUUACGGGGGCAUGGACCUUGCAGCAAUGAGGAGUCCCGGUUCGGGGGCCCAAUGGCAAGUUUCACGGGCCAUUCGGCCAGCAGCAAAUGUGGAGGGCCAGUAAUAUGCCAGCCCCCUAUGGACAAAAUGGAACCCACCAGCAGUUGUGAGGAGACCUGAAAGUGGCACAUGGCAGAAGUUGUGGCGAUGGAGGACAGCAGCAAUGCGGAGGCCGUACAGGGACACAUGACGACCACUCUGGACCUCGGCAGCAUGCA